CUCGUCUCUCUCAUUAAUGCGGAGUUGAAGAAGAACGGUACUCAUGUGUCAUGUGUUUCUUUCAUGUCGUGUUUUCUGCAUUAAUUGAACAUUGAUUGAAGUUUGAUCGGGAUAGAGAGUAUGGAGAACGGUGAGUGCAGUGAUCUGGCGGCUGUGGAGCUCAUCACAGUUCAUGAUUUCUGCGAGAAGAUCCUGGAGCAGCAGGUUCAUUUUCAUGUGAUGAAGAUGAGCGGUGGAUUCUUCCUCUGGAUUGGUUCCAACCCGGUUCUGUCCAACCUCGCCGUGUCCAUGAACAGUAAAUAUGGUUCAAUGCCUCUGUCCACUCUUGUGCUGGGUGACACGUCAGACACCACACCAAACUCUCUUGCACAGAGACUCACAAAGAAGACAAAGAAACAGGUAUUUGUAAGUUACAAUUUACCCCUGACGGACUCUAAUCUCUUACUGUUGGUGGAGAACAGAAUCAAACAGGAGAUGGAACUUCAUCCAGACAAGUUUUAAACAUCCACUGUUUUUGGACUUUUUUUUUUCUACGGUUAUUUUGUACGGGGCUCAAUAAAUGUCAGAAAAAAUCCUACAACUUGCUAAAUGUCCAAUUAUAUUUGAAACAAAAGUCACUGGGUUUUCUACUCUAAUAAAGAGAUUCUUAAUGUAUUUGAAGGUCCCGCUGACAUGCAAAACCUGGAAACAUCAGGGAAUUCGUAAAAUGGUUAAAAGUCAUUGAAAUUUCCAUAGUGAGUAUCAUUGUAUUCUAAUUACGCUCUGUGUAAAAAUAUAUUCAUGGACUGGAUGUUUCCUUGUGAGUGCAGUCUCCCAUAAUCGCAAACCUGGAAAAGUCUUUGAAAUUCUUUUGUCAAAUGUUGUUGAAACUCUCGAAUUAAAAUAUGAUCAACAAAUUA